UCAUCUCCCUAUCAGUUGGACGACAACAGUCGACAGGAAUAUAAUCGAUAAUCACCUGUACACAACAACAAGGACGCUUUGCUGCUGCGCGUGCACGCCUUUUUUCGCUUCUGACUUGAGAGUUUGUGCGCGCGCUCGCUCGCUGAGUUUUUCUUCAAACAGGUUUGACGAGGACACACCUGAAAAAGGAAGCUUUGUGCGCUCAGACGCCAUUCUUCACUCCCAUCUUUGACCUGUGUGGACGGACGGAUAGAAAGGCACCGAGGGAAACUCUUUUUUUUAUUUUUAUUGUUAUUAAUUUCAUGAUGAAGAUUUGGAUUGCUCUCGUGCUCAUCGCCUUCGCGGCGGGAGCCUCUGCUCAGACCUGUACAUGUGAGACUAUGAAGUGGGCCACCUGUGAAGAAAAUCCAUGUUCGUGUACUAUUUUGAUUGGCGACAACAGGAAGCAACUGCUGGACUGCACCCAAUUGAUCCCCAAAUGCUACUUGAUGAAGGCCGAGAUGUACAGAAGGAGUAAAGGCCAAAGCUAUCGUGGAUUUGGAGGAAAGCCAGACGAGAACGCCAUCGUGGACAAUGAUGGAAUCUACGACCCCGAGUGUGAGAACGACGGCAAGUUCAGGGCCAAGCAGUGCAACAACACAGAUCAGUGCUGGUGUGUCAACAGCGCUGGGGUUCGUCGUACUGACAAGGGAGACAAAGAUCUCAAGUGUGACAAGCUUGUGGAAACCUACUGGGUCCGUCUCCAGCUGGUACACAAACCAGUGACCGGUGAAGUGGCUACUGCCAACCUGAAGGCUGCCAUUGCCGAUGCCAUUCACAAACGUUAUAGGAACUUUAACAAGGACCUGGUGGACAAAGUUGAGUAUGACCCAGACUCCCGGAUGAUUGUGGUGGACGUGAAGAAGGAAAUGGGAAAUCGCAAGAGUGACCUGACCCACAUGGCCUACUACAUGGAGAAAGAUGUAAAGGUGCUGCCCCUGUUCAAGAACCAGGACAAGUUUGAGCCAACUAUUGGUAACCAGAAGCUGGAGAUGGAGAGCAUCCUGGUGUACUACGUGGACGAGGAAGCCCCCACUAUUACCAUGAAGCACCUGUCCGGUGGGAUCAUCGCCGUCAUCGUUGUGGUGGUGCUGGCUGUGGUCGCCGGCCUGCUGGUCCUGUUCUUCGCAAGAAGGCGCCAGAAUCAGCGGUACAACAAAGCUCAGCAAAGGGAGAUGGAGGCCAUGUAAAGUCUUCAUCGCAGCAGCGGGGAGUAUAUGAGGAGUGCUUGUACAUUACCGUUUGGAUGAACUUAAUUCGCAGUGGGAGUGUGCCAUUUUUGUUUUUCACCGUUUUACUUGAGGAAUGCAAAUUGUAAAGGAACAAUCAUCGUGCUUGUUUUUGUCUCUUUGUGGCACUGUUAGGACUGCUGUUUUUAUUUAUAAAUCAUGUAAAGUCUUAAUGCAUCAUCGAAAUCUAUACGCCAUAAAACUGCUUUAUAAUAUGGCCACAUUUUUAUGUUAGAACUCGUUGAAUGGUUUGAAAUCCACAUCAUAGAUUGUACAGUGUCUUUCUUACUAAUGUGUGUGUAUGUGUUUGGAUUGUUUUUAAUAAAAAAAAUGUUUUAAAAGA